AUGGCGGGCGGUGCCUUCGUAGCAGACGGCGGCCGUGCGCAGGAGUACGGCGGCCGAAUGACUUUCUCCGUCGUGGUGACCUCCCUCAUGGCCGCUUCUUGCGGCCUCAUCUUCGGCUAUGACUCCGGCGUCACAGGUGGCGUGACACAAAUGGAAUCGUUCCUGAGCAAGUUCUUCCCGGAAGUGCAGAGCAGGAUGAAGAGCCCGAAGCGUGACGCAUACUGCAAGUACGACAACCAGUGGCUCACCGCGUUCACAUCGUCGCUAUUCAUCGCCGGCACUCUAUCGUCCUUGGUGGCGAGCCGAGUGACGAGGAGGGUGGGCCGCCAGGCAAUCAUGUUGAUUGGCGGUGUCAUGUUCCUUGCCGGCUCAAUCAUCAACGCUGCAGCCGUCAACAUCGCCAUGCUCAUCAUCGGCCGGAUUCUACUCGGUUUUGGUCUAGGGUUCACAUUACAGGCAGCUCCUGUGUACCUCUCCGAGACCGCUCCGGCGCGGUGGCGUGGCGCAUUCACGUCGUCGUACAAUACGUUCGUCGUCAUCGGCAUACUCUCCGCGACCAUCACCAACUACUUCACCAACCGCAUCCCUGGCUGGGGAUGGCGCCUCUCCCUCGGUCUAGCGGCCGUCCCGGGCGUCAUCAUCGUCGUGGGAGCCUUCUUCAUCCCGGACACCCCCAGCAGCCUCGUCCUGCGAGGCCAUCCCGACCGAGCCCGCGCGGCGCUGCAGCGUAUCCGCGGAGAUGGCACCAACAUCGAUGUCGAGUUCAAGGACAUCAUCCGCGCCGUGGACGAGGCGCGCCGGAACGACGUUGGCUCUUUCCGGAGGCUAUUCAGCAAGCAGUACCGGCACUACCUGGCGGUGGGGCUGGCCAUACCCAUCUUCUUCGAGUUCACCGGCAUGAUCGUCAUCGCCGUAUUCUCGCCUGUGUUGUUCCGCACGGUGGGGUUCAACAGCCAGAAGGCCAUACUUGGUUCUGUGAUAAACAGCACGACAAACUUGGUGGCCACAGUUCUGUCCACGUUCGUCAUGGACCGCACCGGCCGCAGGUUCUUGCUCAUCGUCGGCGGCAUCGGCAUGAUGUUCUGCGAGGUGGCCAUCUCGUGGGUGAUGGCGGGCCAUCUCGGGAAGCACCAAGGGGUGACGAUGCCGCAUGGCUACGCGACCGCAGUGCUGGUCCUCAUCUGCCUCUGCACGUUCAGCUUCGGCGUGUCGUGGGCGCCGCUCAGAUGGGUGGUGCCGAGCGAGAUCUACCCGGUGGAGAUCAGGUCGGCCGGGCAGGCCAUGAGCAUCUCUGUCGCGCUGUGUCUCUCCUUCGUGGAGCUGCAGGUGUUCAUCGCGCUGCUCUGCGCCAUGAAGUAUGGCGUCUUUCUCUUCUACGCCGGCUGGCUUCUGACAAUGACCAUCUUCGUGGCGGCAUUCCUGCCGGAAACCAAGGGCGUGCCCUUGGAAGCAAUGCAGUCAGUGUGGACGGGACAUUGGUACUGGAGGAGGUUCGUCAAGGAUGCCAACCAUGAAAGCCAAAUCACCGGUGUGUCAACUAAUUAG